AUGGCGGCCCUCGAUUAUCUUAAUCAGGCAAGCAGCACCAGCCCUGCAGAGUCUAGCCCUGCAGAGUCUAGCCCUGCAGAGUCCAGCCCUGCAGAGUCCAGCCCUGCAGACCAGCCCUGCAGAGUCCAGCCCUGCAGAGUCCAGCCCUGCAGAGUCCAGCCCUGCAGACCAGCCCUGCAAAGACCAGCCCAGCAGAGACCAGCCCUGCAGAGUCCAGCCCUGCAGACACCAGCCCUGCAGAGACCAGCCCAGUCCAGCCCAGAGAUCAGCCCUGUAGAGAUCAGCCCUGUAGAGACCAGCCCAGAGACCAGUCUGGAGACCAGCCCAGUCCAGCACUGCAGAGACCAGCCCUGUAGAGACCAGCCCUGUAGAGACCAACCCUGUAGAGACCAGCCCAGUCCAGCCCAGAGACCAUCCCUGCAGAGACCAGCCCAGAGUGCAGCCCUACAGAGACCAGCCCAGAGACCAGCCCAGAGCUGCCCUGCAGAGUCUAGUCCUGCAGAGACCAGCCCAGAGACCAGCCCAGCCCAGAGACCAGUCUGGAGACCAGCCCAGUCCUUCCCUGCAGAGUCCAGUCCUGCAGAGACCAGCCCAGAGACCAGCCCAGCCCAGAGACCAGUCUGGAGACCAGCCCAGUCCUGCCCUGCAGAGUGCAGCCCUACAGAGACCAGCCCAGAGACCAGCCCAGAGACCAGCCCAGCCCAGAGACCAGUCUGGAGACCAGCCCAGUCCUGCCCUGCAGAGUCCAGGCUGCUGGUGAGCAACUGUAAUGGUAGCAGCUCUCUCCUCCUCUGGACUGAGUGACAUUCCCUCCAGCAGGAGAUCAUCGUCAACCCCUGGGGCUGCUGGGCUUGGAUCUGGUCCUUACUAAUGAGACCUGACCUGGUUCUGUCUCUUCAGCUGUUUCAAACAGCCACAAGAGGGCGCUGUGUGAUUUUAUAUCCUUCCAGUCUUCCAGACUCGUACAGUGAAAAACAGUUGGCAGAACAGUUAGUUGAACAGUUAGUGUUUGUCCAUUACAAGGUAUCCUGAAAACCCUAACGAAUAACAUGUAUUUAUGAUUUAGUGUCAAAGAUACUUUAAUCUAGCAUGGAAAAUGCUCUUCCGUAUUACAAAAUAUAGCUGUGUAAUGAUCCUGAUCCUCUGAUCUACUCUGCACAGUAGAGCAGAGUAGAUCAGACUACAGUACAGUAGAGUACAGGAGAGCAGAGCAGAACUGAGAGAACACAGAUAACCCGCGUUGGGUCAAACCAAAACACACAUCCCUCUUAGAAAAACAUACAUUUUUAGAUACACAUAAACAUAGAUAUGUGAAAAUGUUUGUACACCAAAAAUUCAAUUUACAUCUGUAAUACACUUAAAAAAAAACACAUUGAAAUAUGACCUUGACAUCACAUGAUCAACCCCCCUUCCCAAUUUGACCCACUUGACCUGGUCCUUGAGUACAAUCCACUGUGUAAUGUAGGGGAACAACAUUCCACUGCUACACUGAUGAUGACCUAACAUGCUGCUGAUGAUAACCUAACAUGCUUCUGAUGAUGACCUAACAUGCUUCUGAUGAUAACCUAACAUGCUUCUGAUGAUGACCUAACAUGCUGCUGCUGAUGACCUAAACCCCCAUCCUCUCACCUCCCUGUCAGGCGAACCCUCUCACUUCCCUGUCAGGCUCACCCUCUCACCUCCCUGUCAGGCUCACCCUCUCACCUCCCUGUCAGGCUCAUCCUCUCACCUCCCUGUCAGGCUCACCCACUCACCUCCCUGUCAGGCUCACCCUCUUACCUCCCUGUCAGACUCACCCUCUCACCUCCCUGUCAGGCUCACCCUCUCACUUCCUUGUCAGGCUCACCCUCUCACCUCCCUGUCA